AUGAAUGCGGCCCGGGCUCUGCUCUCCGCCGUGUUCCUCGCGGGUUUCUUCUGGGGGGAUCUUCCCUGUUGCCAGCAGGCCACCAUCCCCUCCGCCGCCGCCGCCGCCGCCGCUGCGCCGUCUCUCCGGGAAUCCGGCAAGGGCAAGCGGAGCUGCCGGGAAAGCGGCGGCGCGUCCCGAUCGGUUGGAGAGGAGGCGGCCAAAAAGGGACCGGCGGUCCCCCAGCCGCGCGUGGAGCCCCACGAGUACAUGCUCUCCCUCUACCGGACCUAUGCCAUCGCCGAGAAACUGGGCAUCAACGCCAGCUUCUUCCAGUCCUCCAAAGCGGCCAACACCAUCACCAGCUUUGUGGACCGGGGCCGAGACGAUCUUUCGCCCAGCGCUUUAAGGAGACAAAAAUAUUUGUUUGAUGUAUCGACUCUCUCAGACAAAGAGGAGCUGGUGGGGGCCGAGCUCCGUCUCUUUCGGAAAGCCCCCGGCGAUCCCUUCUCCAAGGCUCAGACAGGCCUGGCCCGUCUGCAGGUCUCGCCCUGCCUUUCGGGCCGCCGACUGGACUCCCGGACCCUGGACUUGCAGGAGGCGGCGCCCGGCCGGCCCGGUGGCGUCGGCGGCGACUGGGAGGUGUUUGAUGUGGGCCAAGCUUUACCGCCCCUCCGCGGGCCCUGGAAGAAGCGGCAGCAACUUUGCCUGGAGCUGCGGGCCGUCGGGGGGACUCGAUCUCAGCCUCACCCGCAGCUGCUGGACCUGCGGCCCCUAGGCCUGGGGCGAGGCGCCCGGGCCCAGCAGGAGAAGGCGCUGCUGGUGGUCUUCAGCAAGUCGAGGCGGAAGAACCUCUUUGCCGAGUUGCGGCCGGAGCCCGGAGCCCGGCCUUCUCCGCCGCAAAAGGCGGCCGCCGCCGCCGCGCUACCCUGGGAAGCGCCGGCCCCCGUCCAGCUCCGCUUGCAGGCCCGCCGGCUGAAGCGCGCCGCGUAUAACAACCGGCACGGCAAGCGGCACGGCAAGAAGACGCGGCUGCGGUGCACCAAGAAGGCGCUGCACGUGAACUUCAAGGACCUGGGCUGGGACGACUGGAUCAUCGCCCCGCUCGAGUACGAGGCCUACCACUGCGAGGGCGUGUGCGACUUCCCGCUCCGCUCGCACCUGGAGCCCACCAACCACGCCAUCAUCCAGACCCUCAUGAACUCCAUGGAUCCGGCCGCCACGCCGCCCAGCUGCUGCGUGCCGGCCAAGCUGACGCCCAUCAGCAUCCUCUACACGGACGCGGGAAACAACGUGGUGUACAAACAGUACGAGGACAUGGUGGUCGAGUCCUGCGGGUGCAGGUAGCGGCGCGCCUCCGUCCCCGGCUGCCCCUUGGAGCGGAAGGGCGGACGGGGAAAGCCUCGGGGGGAGGGAAACUUCCACGGCGGAGAGCGCGCGCGCGAGAGAGAGAGACAGGCACGCGAGGGGAAAGCGGACGGAAGCGCGCCACGUGCGAAUCCUCCUCCUGCACUGGGGAGGGAAGAAUGGACGGCCCCGGACUGCGCCUGCGCGAUGUCUGCUUCGGGGAUUCGAGGUCCUGCUCCUUAAAAGAGCCGGGAGGGAGAGAGAGAAAGUACAGUGGCGGGUGCCGUUUUGGGAACAGCCUCGGUGUUUCCGCGUCCAGGCAAAGCCGUCUCUCCUAGGAUGGGAGAUUUUACAGAUGAACAGAGUUGGAAGGGAACUUGUAGGUCAUCUAGUCCAGCCCCCCGCCCGGUUUUGCUCAGAAAACACGUGGCAAAAGUUGCUCUGAAGGUUGAUCGAUCGACGUCUCUCCUCGACUGGAGGCUGGAACGACCCAAAAUAAUAGUGACCCGUUUAGCAGAAAUUUAAGCCUUGAUUUUGAAUCCGGAAACAAUAUUUUCUGGGAUAAUUCACUGCCCCUUUCCUCGUAGUAUAGUGUCCUUGUAGUUUCUGGAAG